AUGGCACAGAAACGCACAGCGAACGGAACCGGCGUGCGCUUGCUGAAGGAGGAGAGCGAUCUGAUGGUAAUCCGGCCACUCGGUGCGGGACAGGAGGUGGGCCGUUCGUGCAUAAUGCUUGAGUUUAAGGGGAAAAAGAUCAUGCUCGACUGUGGCAUCCACCCGGGACUGUCCGGGAUGGACGCCCUUCCGUUUGUCGAUCUGAUCGAUGCGGAUCAAAUCGAUCUGCUGUUCAUUUCACACUUCCACCUCGACCACUGCGGGGCGUUGCCCUGGUUUCUGCAGAAAACCUCGUUCAAGGGCCGCUGCUUCAUGACGCACGCCACAAAAGCGAUUUACCGGUGGAUGCUGUCGGAUUACAUUAAGGUCAGCAACAUCUCGACGGACCAGAUGCUGUACACGGAGGCGGACCUUGAGGCGAGCAUGGAAAAGAUCGAAACGAUCAACUUUCACGAGGAGCGUGACAUUCUGGGGGUGCGCUUUUGGGCGUACAACGCGGGCCACGUGCUGGGUGCGGCCAUGUUCAUGAUCGAAAUCGCCGGCAUACGGGUGUUGUACACGGGGGACUUUUCGCGCCAGGAAGACCGGCAUCUGAUGGCCGCCGAGAUACCGGCCAUGCGACCGGAUGUGCUCAUCACGGAGUCCACCUACGGCACGCACAUCCACGAGAAGCGUGAAGAUCGUGAGAACCGGUUCACGUCGUUGGUGCAGAAGAUAGUCACUCAGGGUGGCCGUUGCCUGAUUCCGGUGUUUGCUCUCGGACGUGCCCAAGAGUUGCUGCUCAUCCUGGACGAGUACUGGAGCCAGAACCCGGACCUGCAGGAAAUCCCGAUCUAUUACGCGUCGUCGCUGGCCAAAAAGUGUAUGGCCGUGUACCAAACGUACAUCAAUGCGAUGAACGAUAAGAUUCGCCGGCAGAUUGCGAUCAACAAUCCGUUCGUGUUCCGGUUCAUCUCGAACCUGAAGGGAAUCGACCACUUUGACGACGUGGGUCCGUGCGUGGUGAUGGCGUCGCCCGGUAUGAUGCAGAGCGGAUUGUCUCGCGAGCUGUUCGAGACGUGGUGUACCGAUCCGAAGAACGGUGUCAUCAUUGCCGGCUACUGCGUGGAAGGAACGCUCGCGAAAACGAUCCUCUUCGAGCCGGAAGAAAUUACGAGCAUGAACGGCCAGAAGCUACCGCUCAACAUGAGCGUUGAUUAUAUUUCGUUCUCGGCCCACACCGACUAUCAGCAGACGAGCGAGUUCAUCCGCUUGCUCCAGCCGACGCACGUGGUGCUGGUACAUGGCGAGCAGAACGAAAUGGGGCGCCUCAAGUCGGCCCUGAUGCGCGAGUACGAGGCCAACCCGAAGGUCCAGAUCACGUUCCACAAUCCGCGCAAUACACAACCGGUCGAACUGUACUUCCGCGGGGAGAAAACGGCCAAAGUGAUGGGGACGCUGGCCGUGGGAGAACCAGUCGAUAAGCAGCGCCUGGGCGGGGUGCUGGUAAAGCGGGAAUUCAAGUACCAUCUGCUCGCACCAACCGAUCUCUCGAAGUACACCGACAUGAGCAUGUCGAUCGUGACCCAACGUCAAAGUAUCCACUGGCCCGGUUCGACGGUGGUGCUGAAGUUGCUGCUCGAGCGGGCCAGUGGACCGGGGAGUGUUGCCGAGUGUCCGAUACCGGAAGGCAGUACCGCUACGGCCAAGCUGCGGGUGUGCGAUUGCAUCGACCUGACGGCGGACGGGAAGAUUGUGAUACUGGAGUGGCAAGCGACCCCGGUCAACGACAUGUACGCCGACAUGGUGAUGGCCUGUCUGCUGCAGUGUGACAUCGCCGGCAGCAACGUGGUGAGUGCUCGGGCGUCCAAGGUAGACGAAAAGCACUAUCAGAACUGCCUCAUCGAAACACUCCAGGAACUGUUUGGCGAGCAGUCGAUGGAGAAGUUUAUCGACUCAAACCGACUGACGGUGACGGUCCGUGGCAAGCGUAUCGUGAUCGACCUCCAGACGCACGAGGUCGAGUGUGACCAGGACGAGCAGCUGCACCAAACCGUGCACAUGACCGUGCGCAAACUGCGCCAAAGCUUGAUGCUGUAGAUUGCGGACAGCGGCAUCGGGAUUGGCAUUUAAGGUACAAAAAUACUGUUCACUUGAUUCAAAGAAGCGGACGCGCGCUGUAGCGCAGUUC